AUGGAGCCCAAUGCCUCCCCCCAUCGGGGUGCUGUACCGGCCCCGCACCAUCGUGCCGACUCCGGCGGGACCUCCCGGGGCCAGGGCUCUGCCCUCGAGGCUGCCGGCGCCAGGGCCCGCCGCUCCCAGGCGGCCUCGGGAGCUGGACAGAGAAACCUGGGGCCGGUGGAUGAUGCUCCCGGGCGUCUCGGGGACGGCACGGGCCUGGCGGCCGGAGCGAGAGGCCUCGGAGCUGCCCUGGAGCCUGGGGCGCCCCCUGUUGUCCCGCGGGUCCUGUCCCGGCCCCCGGUUGUCCUCCCGGGUGUCUCAGCGCCGCGGUCCCACAGGCCCCGGGACCCGCUCUUCGGCGGCACGGCGUGGGACGAGGAGGAGGAGGAGGAGGAGGAGGACGGCCCGUCCCUGGCACAGCCCCCCCAGGACUUCGCCUUCGGUUUCAGCCCUGGCGGAUCCCGCGGUGCCUUCGAGGAGCUGUUCCGGGACGUGGGCGAGCUCCUGGGCGUCUUCGGGGGGGCCUGGGCUGGGCCCCCGCAGCCCUUCGAGCCCCCUCUGCCCGGCCCCAGCGAGGGCAGCACGGGGCGGCAGCUGCGGGACUCCAUGCUGAAGCACCCAGACGGUCCUGCUCCCGGUGCAUCCCCAGGAGUUUCUGAGCACGCCAGUGAGCCAGCCCGGCCCUGGAGACCCUUCCUGGGGGUGGAAGAUGCUCACUUGGCUCCUCCCAGCCUCAAGGAAGACCAAGACCUGGACUCCCAGGUCUCCUCCACAGGGUUGGGGACCAUCCUGAGACCCAACGAGCCCACGUCCCACUCUUACUUCCAGAGUGUCUCCGUCACCAAAGUGACUCUCCCCAACGGGGUGGUGGAGGAGCGCCGGACCGUGCAGGACAGCCAGGGCCGCCAGGAGACAACGGUGACCCGCCGGAGGGGGGACCAGGCCUUCAUCACCACCACCAAGGAGGACGGACAGAGCAAGGACUACCGGGAGGAGGUGGUCAACAUGGAUGACCGGGAGCUGGCACAGUUCGUGGACACGUGGCCACGGCAAGACGAGCUCCACGCUCCCAACCUGAGCGACCCUUCGUCCGUGCUGGGCAGCUUCUUCCGACGCUGGUUCUCAAGCUGGUAGCUGUGCCCCCCCAGGCUGAGCACCCUAUGCAUCAGAUCCUGCUGGGGGCUGGCACCAGGGCUGGGGGCUGCCUGUCUUCUGGGAUGCUGUGGAUCUUCAGGGACCCCUGUGGGGGCUGAGUGUGUGUGUGCGUG